AUGUUAAACUCAAAGAAGUUCAUUAAAACAAAUCAGUUAACUGAAUUAAAUAAUUUUCUACUUUAAGUUAAGCAAGCAUUUCUAACAGAUGAUUUCCAAUAGGCUAUUGAAACUACAAAUGUAAAUGACAAUAAAAUUCCAUUACAAGAGAUUCUUCUAAAUAACAUUCCUUAAGUAAAGUAGGAUUAAUAAAAGUAACCUACUUAAUUACCUACGGAUGAAAUUUAACAUUUACUCUAAGGAUUGACAACUCUAUUGGAAAAAAAUUUAUAAGAAUCUCAUGAUUUGUAUCAGAUAUUCUAAUCCAAUAAGUAAUUUAACAGUAAAGGUGAAAAUUCUAAUUCUUCUUUCAAAUAUUAAAAUGAAGAAAAUGUUGAAGAAUUGCAAGAAGAAAUCAAGUAAAACGAAAUACGAUUAUUGUAAAUGCAAAAUUCAAGACUAUUGAGUAAAAUUGAGUCUCUAAAUGAGUAAAUUACUUAGCUAGAACAGGAUAUACAUGAGAACUCUAAAGAUUAACGAUAAUUGAUCAGUUUAAUUAAUUCUACAUAUUGUAUUUAGAGAGUUCAAUAUACAGUUAAAUAAAAUACAAAUGUAAUUUUAAGCAAAGUAAAUGAAGAAGAAAUAGAGUAAGGAGUCUUUGUCAUUGUUGACGAUUAAAUAAUCUUAUCUCCUUCUUAUCUCGAUGAAAAUAAAAUGAUUCUGAAUAUUUCUUAAAUUUUAGAUGUCACUUAUUAAAAUGAUUUAUAGAUUACAAUUCAUUAUAACGAGGGUAAAUUAAUUUUAAUUUUGGAAAAUCACUAAGAAUUUGCAAAGAUAGAUUUAUCUUUAUGGUCAAUCCUAAGAAAAAAUAUCAGUAUAAAUUAAGAGAAAUUGUUUGAGAAUAGCUUAUUUGAAAGACCCUUCAGAUAAGAAAUCAAUAUAGACUAUAAGAAAUUAAAGGAGCAAUUAUCCCACAUAAUUCCAUGGAUGGAAUAGGAUUAGAAAUAAUAAUAACAAUAAUAAUAGUUCACAUUAAAUUUCAAAAACUCUGACCAUUUUCCUGAAAUUCCCUAGAGCAAUAAUAUACAAUUGCAAUCUCAUUAAUCACCUGAAUUAAGAAGUACAUUACCAAAGCAAAUGAUUCAAAUUAAUUAAUAAACUAAAUUAUAACAUGCUCUGCUUUAAUUAAAGUAGGGUUUUUCCAUGAUUAAAUAUUCGGAAGGAUAAAGAAAGCCAAAUAUAAAGAUCAUUUAUUUGACUGAAAAUGAAUAAUAUAUCAAAUGGAAAGAACGAAUUACAACCGGGUGA